GGUGCAACUGUGAAAAUGUGCGGAGCGUGUCGUUUGUGAAAGCCUUGAUUAUUUUCCAUACAUAUAUAUAUCUAUAUGUAUUUCUUAUUUUUCGUUUCACAUUUCGCUUAAUUUGUUUACGCGCCUCGUCGUCGGUUCGUCGUUCCGUUCGUCUGGUUUGAAUAAUAAACUCGUAGAUACUUUGUGUGACGCAGCAGCAGCAGCAUCCCAAUCAAAGUGGAAUCACUUAAAGGGCUUUAAUUGUGCGUGAGCCAAUCCCCACAGAAUUAUCUGAAAGAUACUCGUUAGAUUGGCCAUCUUAAGUGCAUCGUCGGUAGACGAGAGUGUCUGUGUUUGUGUACUUUCUUUAAUGUCUGAUACGAACAAAGGAACCAAAGUUCUCUUUGACAACGAACUUUUUGGGAUUAUCUAAUACGCAAUCCGUUUUUGGGAGAAGAGAAAACUUACGCAUCAAGCAUAACAACAUGUAUAAAUAGCCAUCAAAGACUACGAAGAAAUCAAAAUGAAAAGUGCAGCAUAGAAAAGAAGAACCGAAAGGAAAAAUCCAAACAAAAUGUGCAACCAAUCAAUGGAGUUGAACCGCUUAAAAAAAAGAGCCAAUAACUAAAAAUACAGCAAUACAGAAGCAGCGACACUGUCCCAAGAACAUCUUGGCAACAUCGCAGCGUUGGUCCGCAGCGGACUGGCCAAAAAUAAAUCGGCAGCAACAUACGCCUGCAACAACUAGAUGUUGUUGCUGCUGCUCGCCUUCAUCAUGAGAUUCGUAGACAUUUCCAAACGCUGUGCCGCCUGCUCCAGGGCCGGCAUCGAUUGCACCCACCACAGCGGCCAGAGCAAUCCGCAAGCCAGCGAUGCCAAUGGCAACCACACGGCCUGCUGGCAACAUGUCGCCGGUGGCACGAGUAACAGCAACAGCAACAGCAGCAGCACCAGCAGCGGCUGCGACAGCAACAGCUCCUCCAAGGAGAACUACUAUGUGCCGCAGCAACUGCAACAUCAGCGGCAAAGGGUUGCCAAGCACAGCAAACCUGGCAACAUUGGCGUUAGUCCGCAACAACUGGAGCAGAUACGCUUCUAUCAGCGCAUGCAGCAGCAGCAGUUGCAGCUGUUGCAGCAGCAGUUGCUGCAGCGUCGCCGCCUGCAACAGCAACUGCUGCAACAGGGCGUGCCUUCGCCUCCGGCAAAUGCAACAACUACAACAGCGGGUCUUACCUGCAAUCAACAGUAUUUGCGACAGCAGCGAAUGCAACAGCAACAACUGCAGCAGCAGCAACAGCAGCAGCAGCAAUAUGUGGACAACAACAGCAACAAUGACAAUAACAACUAUCUGAACAACUAUCUGAACAACAGCAUUAACCAGCGAAACAAUGGUAGAGUUUUGGGCCAAGGCACCAAAAUUCGACGUGGCAUGACAGAAUUCUCAACAAACAACGAUCACAGCAAACCGCAUUUCACCGCAUCUCAGCAGAAGCCGCAUCAGAACUCACCCAUCCAUCAGCAAGCAUUCACUCCAUCCAAUCCCAACACUCACCCACAUCUGCUUCAACGCUUGGCCCAACAGCAACAGCAGCAGCAGCAACAGCAGCAUCAGCGUCCCCAUAAGUUUCAGCAGAGUUUGCCAUUUAGCCAGCUAAACAACGGCAACAACACGGCUGCCCACAUUCUGCCCGGAUCAUCGCCACAUUCCCCGCUCAGCUACCGCAAUCCGCUGAACAGUCCCAGCAAUUCGCCAUUCAGCAAUACGGCACAGACGACGAUUGGGAAGCGGUACCAGCAGCAGCAACUGACCGAUCGCCUGUUGCAGCAGCAACAUCUGCAGCAGUGCCAGCAACAGCAACUGCAAUCGCUGGGCAGCAGCGAUGUGGAGGAGGAUCUGGCUGCGGAGGAACUGAGCGAGGAGAGUCUCAAGCAGAAUGUGGCCAUUGUGCUGAGCAAUUUGGAUCGGUAUAACAACGCGUUGCGCAGCAUUAUCCUGAAUGAGCAGGUGAGCAGCAGCAUCAUCACGCCCAGCGACAGCCUCCUGUUUGGCGAGGACUCGAGCGGUUUGCUCUACUGCGACAACGACAACUCAAGGAAGCAUAAGGGCAACAAUAACUUUGUUCUGGGCAAGAUGGCAGCCACGCCCGAGUCGGACUACAAUAGCAAUGCAACCACGCCGGGAGGUCGCAGCAGCGAACAGCAGUUGCAGCAGCAGCAGCAACAGCAGCAACUUGGGGUAGGUGGGAUGCUUUGUGGUGGUGGUGGCGGUGGCGGUGUUGGGAUGCGGGAAACUACUAAUGGCGGUGGCAACAAUCUCAACUGCUCGUUGGCCUCGUCGCACGACUUUACUCACGACAAUUCCGAUUACCAGUGGUUCCUGGACUACGGCUAUCGAGAUGGCUGCGGCGGAAUGCAGCGCAGCGUUUUGAGUUCCCUCUCUGCAUCGUACAAUGCGAUGGGGGAUCUGAUCUACUAUGAGGAUCUGGCCAAGAAUCUGGACGCCAAUCUGGCCGAGGUGGACAUGGAGAGCUUUCGGGCGGAGGACAUACAUUCCCUGCUCUCGCAUCUGCCUGCCUAUUGCAAGAGCUUGGGCGGUACAAACAGUCGCCUUCAGCAAUCUUUGCUGCUUCAGCAGCAGCAACAACAACAGCAGCAGCUACAACAGCAACAGGUGCUGCAGCACAACAGUAUGUUGCAGCACAUGUCCCAGACGUCGACUACCUCCACAAACGAACUGAUCGAUAACUCCUUCUGCAAGUCGGAGUUGCUCUUUUCGCCGGUGAGGGAGUCGCACAUCUCGGUGGAUUCACUGGAUAUGGACGCCUAUCCGGAUGACGGCGAGAUUAUACUCACCUGCAACAAGGACAACUACACGAUCGCCUUUGAGGGCAGUGUUCUCUACUCGGAUGAUAGUUUCUAUGCGGAUCCCAGUGACAUUGCCGCCAGGAACAAACAGAACUGCAUCAACUUGCACAGCAAUCUGGAGGACAUAGUGAAACGCAAUAAAGCCCUGGAGGUGUCCAUGUCGCGUUCGGCGCAGGCUUUCCAGCCCCUCUGUCCCAUGUCGCCCAAGGGACAGGCAGCCACAACAUCGGCGGCCAAGUUACAGCGACGCUCGUUAUUCCUUGUUUCGCCCGCUCGCAGGUAUCCCUCGGGGAAUAAUAACACGGAGACCAUCACCAUAACCAGACACCUACCACAGUGCACCGUGCGGAAGAGCAGCAGUCUACCCAAUCUGCAGAACGAGGAAGCCAUGGCGGGUAGUUGCCACAAAGAGCAGGGACCGGAGGAGAGUGGGCCACAGGCGGUUCCACUGAAUGUCUCUCAGGCGAUCAGCACCUCCACCAUGGAGGCGGGCAAGUCAAGGUCCAGGAAUCUGCUGCCCAUGUGCCAGAUGCCUAUAUCCAUUAGUGUGUCGAUUUCGGAGCGACUGCAGCAACAGGCGGAUCAGCAGCUGCCCAGCGAACAGAUCACACCCACAUCACAGCAACCGCAACAGCAGCAUCACCACUCGCACCACCAUCGCCACAAGCAUCGCUGCAGUUGCUCGCAGGAGAGCCACAUUUCCGGCUCGGCCUCCUCGGGCAACUCCUCCAAUCCGCCAGCCUUCAAUCUAGUCAAGCUGUUCAUUAAGCAGAAGAGCAGCAACAGCAGUGGCGGCCAGGAGGAUUUGGGAGCCCAGGCAAGUGCGCACACCUGUAUGGAUGUCUCUUCCGGCUGCUGGCCGUCCAGCGAUGCGGCCAGCUCCAGUAGUGGCUCCUUGGAGCAGCGACUUCGCAAGAAGAGUAUGAACGACUCGGGCAAGGGAUCGGCAGUUAGUCGGCAUGACGAGGAGGAGCACUACCCAGAUACGGAGACGCCCAGACGUCAGCUGAGGGCCCGAUCGGAGGCAGUGUUCUACGAUGAUGUCGCCAGCUCCAGUUCCACGGGAUCGUUGACUGCGACCAAUUCACCAGCACAUCGUCGUCGCAGUAUGCCACUAAGGAAUCCACAACUGUACCAACUGGCUGCUCAGGUAUCCACUGGCAGUCAAAUGUCCUCGGAGGCCAGCUCGGAACAGCUAACCCAGGUGCCCCGGCGGGCAGAAGCGGGUUGCGGAACCAGUACGCGUCCGUUGUCGUGUGCCUCCAGCUCCGAAAUGAUCACGCGCUCCAUGCAGACCUCCUGCGGAUCACUGAGCACCACCAGGAGCAGUCUGAGCGAUCGCUAUCGCUGUGUGCCGCCAUCGUUCCUCGAGAAACUCAAUAACUUGGGUGAGGAGCGACAGGCGCCCAUUUACGUAAUCUAUCCAAACUAUGCCCUGCCCGAUUUGGGAUUCGUUAAGACUAAUGCCAGCACAGACGUGAUCUUCUCACCCUUCAACUACAAGAUGACAAUGGAUGGAGCGACUGGUAGUACCAGCAGCUCGGGAUCUCUAAGGAAGCAGCGCAACAGCAGCCAGAGCGUGAGCGAAGAUGAAAUCCUCAAGACGCUGGACUACAAGCACGUUGCCGACUGGCAGUCGCUGGCCACCUUGCUGCCGUCGGAAUACCGAAGGCGGUUGCAGCACAUUCCGGAGGUGAAGCACCUGGUGCGGCAACUGGAUGCGGAGCUAUCACAACGUCCCCUUUUCUGUAUGUCGCCGCCGCUCCGGCGAAAUCGCACGCACAUCUGCGACUGUGCCAAGUACUUCCAGGGCCAGCAGACCCAAACGGACGAGGCAUCCAGCUCGGGAUCCAGUCAACAGCCCAGCUCCGGUUAUCGUGGCUCAUCAACGCUGCUCACCGACUCCGAGCUGGACGUGGAUCCGCUGAAGCAGAUGUAUGUGUACCAGUACGAUCAGCAGCGCAUGGACUCGGGCGUGGAAACCAGUCCCGGUAGUCAGUUAACUCAAACCCCGCCGCAACCCAUGCCCCGAAGCAUUCUGCGCAAGGCACACUCCGCACAGUCGCGCUCCAAGCGCAAUUCCAUGAUCGAGGCACAGCAGACGCAGAAGCUAACCAAGCUGGAGAAGCGGCGCAGUUUGCAGGAACCACCGAACAACUACGGUUUGGGCUCCACCGACGAACUUGCCGAUGUCUUCGAGGAGGAGGAGCACAGUCAGCCGGCGCCGCCGGUGAAACAGAGGCUUUCCCGCAAGGAUCUGGAUGCCAGGGCACGGGCUGAAAGCUUCCUGGCCUCCUUGCCGCGUUCUGAGCUCAAGUAUUACGCCGAGAUCGCGUCGAUUCUAGAGUCUUCCGGCGAGCAUGUGACUUACGAUGCUGCUGCCCUGAAAAAGGAGGUGAGCCGAGUGCUUAGCCAGCAGAAGAAAGUGUCAUUCAAUGAUGAGGGUGUGGCUGCCGGAUUGCAGCAACACGCCAAACGUUUCGCCACACCUCCCAACUCGCCCAACAUCUCCAUGGGUGCACUGAAACGCGAUACAGUGGAUGUGCUGGAGCAGCGCAAGAUCGAAAGCAAUCGCUUUAAGCGCCUGCAAAUCCAGUGGGAGCUCAUGAGCAAGGACUCGAGUAUGCUCAAGGAGCUGGCCAGCGAGGCGGCCACCAAGAGCGGCGGCUCCACGCCCACCUCGGGCAAUUCGACUGGCUCCAACUCAGCGCCAAGGUCUAGGAUUCCUAGGCCUGUUAGCUACCCAGCGGGCAGAAGUUCCACGCCCACUUCGUCACGUACUGCCCCCGUUUUGGCCACGCCCUCACCGGCUAGGCCGGCCACUCCCAAGACUGUCACUAAAAGCCACAACAAACCCGGUCUCUUUACCUCCCCCCGCCCUAGCAGACUGACCAGCGCCCAGGAAGCAGCCGGCGGUAACAAGGUCAGCACUCGAUCGCCCAGCAGGAUUGUGCAGCCAAAGCGUUAUAGUCUUGCCGGUGCGACCACGCCCACAUCCACAACACCCACAUCGGCCAGGGCACGCACGCCCACAAAUCGAGUGGCGGUUACGGCGCCAAACACGCCCAAACGACAGGCGGUUGCCCAGUCGCCCCGACCCACCUCGCGAGUGCGUUGAGCGUCCACACGAGUCCAAGCGUCCAAGUCAUCCCAAUUAGUCAACGGCAGACAACAGACACCACACCCAAAACAAAACAAAAAAUCCAUUAAGGAAAACACAGAAGAAAGCAAACAAAACAUAUUCAACAACAAGAAACAAUGCAACAUUGUAAAAUUCUAGACUAAGGCUUUGUGUGCGGCUCGAUUGCUUAGUUACUAUUGGCCCGGAAAGUGAUAUUUAGAUGGGAGAUGAUUCGAUCAGGGAUCACGGAGCGAGAACUGAUAGCGAGAUGUGCUGGUAUCUUUGAUUGAUUUAGUUGUCCUUAUUUGCGGCAGAGCAGCGACCGACUGCGAGAGGAAGUAGCUAAAUUUUCUUUUUUUACAAAGUAUACAUAAUGAAAUCUAUACAUAUGCCAAGUACGCGUAAAUUAAACAAAUAUUUUGAUGUAUAUACACACACAAACGAUAUAUAUAUAUAUAUAUAUAUAUAUAGAUAUAUAUAUAUGCGCGUAGACUCGCUUUUCCACUACCUAUUCGAAAUGAAAUGACAAAGAUGACUUUGCUACCCACAGGAAACAUGAUAAAGUGUAUAAAAUAUUUUCUAUACCCAAUGCAAAAUGGCAUAUAUACUGUCAAUACUCGAGCAGCAAACAAUGCAAAAGUUACCAAGCUGGGCAGGAAAAACGAGAUGAAUUUGGAUACCCAUAAACAAUAAUUGAAAAGCUCAAGAGCGGAUCCAAUCGAUAUUACGCCCCGGGUGCAUUAGAAUAAAUCCUUUUUUGUUGCUUUUUUCAUGCUCACGCUGAUCCUCUUCCCGAAUGGAAAACAAGUGGAGAAAAUCAAGGAAAGAAAUUUGUAAAUUUCCAAAUGGCCUUUAAAUUCAUUACUGAAUGCUUUGCAGUUUUUAAUUUGGUUUUUUUAAUCGCAAGAUCUGGUUUUGUUUGCAUUUUAUGCGGCAACUUUCAUUUCGUUUGUAACGAGCUUAUGCUGUUGAGCGCAGGCUCAAAAAGUGAUUUCAAUUGUACGAUAUAUGUUUCCAGCUAUACCUACUAUAUUAAUCUUACUAUUUUAUUUCUAUCUAUUUAAUAAUAUCCAUCUGUCAAUGACAUAACGUUAAUUGGUUAUUUAACUGCUGGAAGACAUCAUUUAGUUUGUACGCCUUAAGUCAAACACUUUUCUAUCUUAAAUUGUAUAGCUACUCUUAUUGUAUUAUGUACAAGCGGACGAAACACAUAUUAUAGAUUUGCGGGAGAAUUUAUCACCAAAUGGAUAUGCGGGAGUAUAUUAUGUAUUAAAACGAAAGUAAAAAAUGUAUAAAAAUACAAAAUCAAUAAAAAUAUUAAUAAACAAGCAAAAAGUAUUAUGAAAAU